UUGACACAUUCGCUCGCGGCUCGCGCAGAAAAUAGACCAGGCGCCGAAACGAUCGCUGGUGUGGAUCUAUGGUGUGGAUGACACAAUCGGUUAACAUGGGCGCCGAAAGGAAACUGGCUUCGCUUCUCGGCGCUUCGAGGUUAUUCGCAGCGCUUCCGCGGGCGGUGUGACCCUGACAUCAUGAGGAAGUGAAUCAGUAAGGAAGUGUUCAGUCAGUGGGUUAACACAGCAGAAAGAAGAAAACGGACAGGUGAAGAUGAGUGAUGUGGAGAAAGAGGAGGACAGAACAGAGUCUGCAGUUUUCAGCUCUCUGUCUAUGAAACGUGACCAGUCCAAAGGUUGUCCUCCAGUCUCCAGUAAUAAACCUGGACCCUCAGACAAAAAAGGAAAGAAGAAGAGGAGUAAUGUUUUUGUGGAGCAACUGUCCUGCUGUGCUUUGUGUCAGGACGUCCUCAAGGAUCCUCUCUCUACCAGCUGCGGACACUGGUUCUGCGGACAGUGCAUCACCUCAUACUGGGACCAGUCUGCUUCAUCAGGAGACUCCUCCUGUCCUCAGUGUGGAAAAAGAUUCAGAACAAGAGCUGGACUGCAAAUGACCUGUCAGAUCAGCACUGUACAAAUGGAUGCUGGUCUGCAGGAGGUUUUAGAUGAACAUAAGAUCGUUCUGAAGAGGAGAUGUGAAUGUGUGACUGAAGGAACUGAUGAAACAGGAAGUGGAACCCUCCUCAACAGGAUCUACACUGAGCUCUACAUCACAGAGGGACAGAGUGAAGAGGUUAAUACCCAACAUGAGGUGAGGCAGCUGGAGACAGUUUCCAAGAUGAAGACCCUUCAUGACACUCCAAUCAAAUGCCACGACAUCUUUAAAGCCUUUCCCGAUCAACAGGAACACAUCAGAGUCAUUCUGAAAAAAGGUGUCGCUGGAAUUGGAAAAACCAUCACAGUGCUGAAGUUCACUCUGGACUGGGCAGAGGGUUUGGAAAACCAAGAUGUCAGUCUGGUGAUUCUGCUUUCGUUCAGGGAGCUGAACUUGAUCAAAGAUGAGCAGUACAGUCUUCUCAAGCUGCUCCAUGAUUUCCAUCCAACAUUACAGAAAGUCAAGGCAGAGGACCUCGCUGUCUGUAAAGUUCUGUUCAUCUUUGACGGCCUGGAUGAAAGCAGACUUUCAUUGGAUUUCCACAACAAUGAGGUUGUGUCUGAUGUCACACAGGAGUCAUCAGUCAAUGUGCUGUUGACAAACCUCAUCAAGGGGAAUCUGCUUCCAUUGGCUCUUGUCUGGAUAACUUCCCGACCUGCAGCGGCCAAUCAGAUCCCUCCUGCAUGUGUUGACAGGGUAACAGAAGUAAGAGGCUUCACUGAUGCCCAGAAGGAGGAGUACUUCAGGAGGAGAGUCAGUGAUGAAGAGCUCUCCAGCAGAAUCAUCUCACACAUCAAGACUUCCAGGAGCCUCCAUACCAUGUGUCUAAUCCCAGUCUUCUGCUGGAUCACUGCUACAGUUCUGGAUCACAUGUUGACCACAGAGCAAAGAGGAGAGCUGCCCAAGACCCUGACUGAACUGUACUCACACUUCCUGCUGGUUCAGACAAAGAGGAAGAAGCAGAAGUAUGAUGAGGGACAUGAGACGUGUCCACAGGAGCUGACAGAGGCAGACAGGGACAUUCUCCUGAAGCUGGGGAGGCUGGCGUUUGAACAUCUGGAGAAAGGAAACAUCAUGUUCUACCAGGAAGACCUGGAGCAGUGUGGUCUUGAUGUCACAGAGGCCUUGGUGUACUCAGGAGUUUGUACAGAGAUCUUCAAAAGAGAGAGUGUGAUCUUCCAGAAAUCAGUCUACUGCUUUGUUCAUCUGAGCGUUCAGGAGUUUCUGGCUGCAGUCUACAUGUUCCACUGUUACACCAACAGGAAGACAGAGGUACUGGAGGACUUCCUGAAUGAUGAGGAUGAUAGCGAUGAAAAUUACUGUGAAAACGAUGAUGAUGAUAAUGAAGAUGUGAGGGAAGAUGAUUUUUGGGAGAUGGAUGAUGAUAAUUAUAAUGUAGAGGGGGAGGAAGAUGUUGUUGGGGAGAUGGAUGAUGAUAAUUAUAAUGAAGAGGGGGAGGAAAAUGCAUUUAGGGAGAUGGUUGGUGAUGAUGCUGACAGAGACCUAGGUGAGUUCCUGAGGAGGGUCAUGGAGAAAUCCCUGAAGAGCAAAAAUGGUCACCUGGACCUGUUUGUUCGCUUCCUUCAUGGUCUCUCUCUGGAGUCCAACCAGAGACUGUUAGGAGGUCUGUUGGGUCAGACUGACAACUGUACAGAAAUCACCCAGAGAGACAUAAAAAACUUGAAGGAGAUGAGCAGUGAUGAGAUCUCUCCUGACAGAAACAUUAAUAUCUUCCACUGUCUGGUGGAGAUGAACGACCACUCAGUUCAUCAGGAGAUCCAAGAGUUCCUAAAGUCAGAGAACAGAUCAGAGAAGAAACUCUCUGAGAUCCACUGCUCAGCACUGGCCUACAUGCUGCAGAUGUCAGAGGAGGUUCUGGAUGAGUUGGACCUGAAAAAAUACAACACAACAGAGGAGGGACGACUGAGACUGAUUCCAGCUGUGAGGAACUGCAGAAAGGCUCGACUUUCUGGCUACCGACUCUCAGAAACUCACUGUGAAGUCGUGGCCUCAGCUCUGAAGUCCAGCCCCUCCCAUCUGACAGAGCUGGACCUGAGUUACAACAAGCUGUAUGAUCCAGAAGUGAAGCUACUUUCUGCUGGACUGGAGAGUCCACACUGUAGGCUGGAGACUCUGAGAUUGAGUCACUGCAGUUUGUCAGAGAUCAGCUGUGUUUCUCUGGCAUCAGCUCUGAAGUCCAACCCCUCCCAUAUGACAGAGCUGGACCUGAGAGAAAACUACUACUUGCAGGAUUCAGGAAUGAUGCUGCUGCGUGAUUUUCUGGAGAGUCCACACUGUAGACUGGAGACUCUGAGAUUGAUGAAUUGCAGUUUGUCAGAGAUCAGCUGUAUUUCUUUGGCGUCGGCACUGAAGUCCAACCCCUCACAUCUGACAGACCUAGACCUGAGUCACAAUAACCUGCAGGAUUCAGGAGUGAAGCUGCUGUGUGAUUUUUUGAAGAGUCCACACUGCAGACUGGAGACUCUAAGAUUGAGCCACUGCAGUUUGUCAGAGGUCAGCUGUGUUUCUCUGGCCUCAGCUCUGAAGUCCAACCCCUUCCAUAUGACAGAGUUGGACCUGAGUGAAAAUGACCUGCAGGAUUCAGGAGUGAUGCUGCUGCGUGAUUUUCUGGAGAGUCCACACUGUAGACUGAAGACUCUGGGAUUGAGUGAGUGCAGUUUAACAGAGAUCAGCUGUGAGUCUCUAGCCUCAGCUCUAAAGUCCAACUCUUCCCAGCUGAGAGAACUGGACCUGAGUGACAACAUGUUGCAGGAUUCAGGGGUGAAGAUGCUGGCUGUUGGAUUGGAGAGUCCAAAGUGUCGACUGGAGACUCUAAACCCUGAAGUCCAACCCAUCCCAUCUGAGAGAGCUGGAGCUGAGUUACAAUUACCUGCAGGACACAGGAGUGAUGCUGCUGUCUGAUCUUGUGAAGAGUCCACACUACAGACUGGAAACUCUGAGAGCAGUCACACUGACUAUAGUCCAGAUGAGUGAUUUGGAGAAAUUACCCUGCUCACCUACACCUGUCAGACAUGAUGGAGGUGAG